GCCUCUCUCUCUUUCUCUCUCUCUCUUACACUUUCUUUCUCACACACGCGCGCAGACAUUCUCCCACUCUGCGCUCUCUCCCUCUCUCUCUCCCCGGCCUCCCUCUUCCCCCUUCUCUCUCUUUCUCACCCUCUCUCUCUCCCUCUUUCUCUUUCACUUUUGCAUGCCCUGCAACCUUUUAAAAUGUGGCCCCUUCCCUGUGAUUCGCCAGACGCCGCGCCGCGGCCCCCUGCGCGCUCGCCCGCUCGCUCCCUCGCAGGCUUUUUGUCUCCGGCGCCCGUGCUCCCCACCUCCGAUUUGCUCCACUGAGGCGCCCGUCAAUGGACUGCAUUGAGAGCCGGCUCCGGCGCGAGUUGCCUCUCCGCUUCACGCUCGAUUUCCAGGCAUUCUUCCCUUAUUAAGCAUUCGUGUAAUAUUAAUAGUCAUGAAUAUCUGCUAUUAGGAGGCUCCAGGAACGCUGCCCAGCGCGGUUGUUAGAAGCUCAAGCGAAGCCGCCGCUAAGGAAAGAGGGGAGACACGGAUUAAGGAACACGCGCGCACACACAGACACACACAUACUUUUUUUAAAAAAAUUUUUCCGUUUUUGGUCUUUUUUUUUUUUUCCUUUCAAUUUUUUUGUUGUUGUUUGUUAAGGACCUUUGAAUCCUUACCGAUCGCGGCAGGAUAGAGACGGCGGGUUGGACCAGCUGAAGGCGCCGCUCGAUCGGUGGUUCAAGUUCGGAUGGACCCUAGCCGGGUCCCCGCGAGCGGGGCAGCGGCGGCGCCGUGACCGGAGUCCUGGGUGGCGCGGGGCUGUCGGCGCCUUUUGUGUGGGGCGCGCUUGGGCGGCGGGGCAGCCGGGCUCUCCGGGCUUGCUUGUUUUUAUCCACCCUGACUCGUUACCCCAGACUCUUCGCAGAUGUUAGUUCACAGUUUUUCAGCUAUGGACCGCCACGACGGCACCAGCAACGGGACGGCGCGGCUGCCCCAGCUGGGCACUGUAGGUCAAUCUCCCUACACCAGCGCCCCGCCGCUGUCCCACACCCCCAAUGCUGACUUCCAGCCCCCCUACUUCCCCCCGCCCUACCAGCCUAUCUACCCCCAGUCGCAAGAUCCUUACUCCCACGUCAACGACCCCUACAGCCUGAACCCCUUGCACGCCCAGCCGCAGCCGCAGCACCCGGGCUGGCCGGGCCAGAGGCAGAGCCAGGAGUCCGGGCUCCUGCACACGCACCGGGGGCUGCCGCACCAGCUGUCUGGCCUGGACCCUCGCAGGGACUAUCGGCGGCACGAAGACCUCCUUCACGGCCCUCACGGCCUCGGCUCGGGACUCGGGGACCUCCCGAUCCACUCCUUACCUCACGCCAUCGAGGACGUCCCGCAUGUGGAAGACCCGGGUAUUAACAUCCCAGAUCAAACUGUAAUUAAGAAAGGUCAGCAGGUGGGAGGAGCCCGACGUCCACGCGCCCCGUCUGUCUCCGCAGGCCCGGUGUCUCUCUCCAAGUCCGGCAGCAACUCUGUGUCCGCCAUCCCCAUCAACAAGGACAACCUCUUCGGUGGCGUGGUGAACCCCAACGAAGUCUUCUGUUCAGUUCCGGGUCGCCUGUCGCUGCUCAGCUCCACCUCGAAGUACAAGGUCACGGUGGCGGAAGUGCAGCGGCGCCUGUCCCCGCCCGAGUGCCUCAACGCGUCGCUACUGGGCGGUGUGCUGCGGAGGGCAAAGUCUAAAAAUGGAGGCAGAUCUUUAAGAGAAAAACUGGAUAAGAUAGGAUUAAAUCUGCCGGCUGGAAGACGCAAAGCUGCCAAUGUCACCCUGCUGACAUCUCUAGUGGAGGGAGAAGCUGUCCACCUCGCAAGGGACUUUGGGUAUGUGUGCGAAACGGAAUUUCCUGCCAAAGCAGUAGCUGAAUUUCUCAACCGACAACAUUCCGAUCCCAAUGAGCAAGUGACAAGAAAAAACAUGCUCCUGGCUACAAAACAGAUUUGCAAGGAGUUCACAGACCUGCUGGCUCAGGACCGGUCUCCCCUGGGGAACUCCAGACCCAAUCCCAUCCUGGAGCCUGGCAUCCAGAGCUGUUUGACCCACUUCAACCUCAUCUCCCAUGGCUUCGGAAGUCCGGCCGUGUGUGCCGCGGUCACAGCCCUGCAGAACUAUCUCACUGAGGCCCUCAAGGCCAUGGACAAAAUGUACCUCAGCAACAACCCCAACAGCCACACGGACAACAGCGCCAAAAGCAGUGACAAAGAGGAGAAGCACAGAAAGUGAGGCUCCCUCCUACUGCUGCCUCUCUCCCUCCACCAAUCCAGAUACACCAACACCAGUUCCCCACCUACCACCUGGCAGGUGACAGCUCGGACCAGCACCCUCUCCCACUGCUGCUACUGCUGCUGCUGCUGCUGCCGCCACCGCCACCGCUGCCACAGCCUCAGCCUCUGUCAGUGGGCAGCCCCUGACAGCCCUGCCUCAACUUCCCCAACAGCACCAACUCCCUUGUGCCCUCACAUGGAGCCUAAGAGAACAGAGCAGGCCAUGAAGCCAGCAAAGAAAACUUCUGAGUUUGUGAAUCUUUUUUUUAAAAUAAGUAAAUAAAGUAAAAAAAAAAAAAAAAAGAACAUCUGCAAUGGCAACACUCCCCCCCAAAAUAAAAACUUUUUUUCUAAAAAAAAGGAGCAUAAAAGUUAAAAAAAAAAAAUUAUAUGAGCUUCAUGGGACUGAAUCACCACCUUCCCUUACAUACUUCAGUUCAGAUUGUAGCCAUACUAAAAAAAAAAAAAAAAAAAAAAAAAAAAGGCAAAAGGAUAAUAAUGACAUUUUUAUCAGUAUUGUGAAUAAACUUGAACACAAAUACAGGAAGUUCCGUGUCAUGUCUUCAGUUGUACAAGUUUUUCCUCUUCAAGGUAAAGCGACCAACUUGAACUUUCUCUGGCAACAGGAUUCACAGUUCUAUAAGGGAAUCCAUGUUCACAUCUCUGUAUAUAUUUAUUUAUGUGUAAUUUAAUGGGAAUUGUAAAUAUGGUGAGUCUGUUUUAAACCUUUUUUAUUUAUCUGGUGAUCUUGUUUACCUCUUGUUUAGUGGGUUUGAAUCUUCCUCUUAGUUCUUCAUGUGGUUCAUGGUACUUAUUUAGAAAUCCAGGGUUUGGGGAUAUUUUUUUCCUCUGGGAUUUAUGAAUUUAGCCCUAUCAUAGCAUGUUAAAGAUGACAAUGAAACAGCUGAGCAAAUGAAAAAAAAAGGAGAAUAAAUUUAUAUAUAUAUAUAUAUAAUUAGUAUUACAUUUAGCUUCUCAUUGAACUGAAGGAAAAAAAAUGAUAUUGAAUCCUGGAAAGAUUUUUAAACUUGAGCGGUUUGAUAACCCUUCUAUGUACUGUGGGAAGAAGAAAACAGUUUAUUUUAUUCCACUGCCCACCCAUAAGAGCAUUAUUCGAGCAAUAAAUGAGUACUGUCUUUAAACCAAGGGUUAGGCAUGCCCCCCAUUUUUUUUGUUUAAAGAAGUUCAAACAUUUGGGACCACCUGGUAUUCUGUAUUUUCACUGGCCACUUUGGGAGCAGCUCUCCUUGUGUUGUAUUGAGUUGUGCUGGCGAUAGUCUCCAUGCCUGUCAAUGUAUCAUAGUCCUUUGUUGCCCAGAUAAAUAAAUAUUUGAUACGCUUUAUGUCGAUUUUUUUUUUUUAUUCAGUGGCUGUCUUUACCCAGGCGUAUUUUUGUUCUUGGCAGUAUUUUUUAUUCAGUAUGGUUACAGUAAUUGAGUUUAACUCUCCCUUGGCAAUUGCUCCUUGCAAUAAGCAGCUGAACCCACUGUUUCCCUCAAGUAUAAUAAAAACUUACUUUCAACUUGGAGUUCAGAGCAGGGUAUCAUUUAGAUAUUCCACUGAGUCUGUAUUCAGACAAAUGACACAAUAAAACUCAAUGUAUUCUUUUGGAUAAAAGAUUGUUUGUACUGCUAAAAGAAUGACAUACUAUCUUUCCUGGCUAGAAACAUUAAUUUUAUUAUUAAAAAUAAAGUUUUAUUUUAUUUAUGUUGA